CACGGAAUAAAAAAUAAUUUUAAAUAACUUUUAUAAUUUAUACUAGGGCCUAUAGGGCCCUAAUCUUUCUUUUGUAUACAUAUUGUAUUUCAUGCUUAAAUUUUGUUAACCUCCAGACAAUCCACACUGUGAAGUUUUUCAAUACUGUAAAACAGUAGCAUCGCCGUUCAACUUUGGUUGAGUUUGUAGCUUAUGAGGAAUGACUUCAUAUAUGCUUGUGCGGACAGGUAACAACAGGCAUGUGUGGUUAAACUCUCAAAAUAGAAUGGAAUGAGGAAAAGGAAAUAUCCUUGCAGGCAGUUGGACAAAAAAAUUAAGACUAAUUUCUUUCGUAUUCGACGGCAACACUUGAUGAACAACGUACUUUGAGAGAUACUCAUUUCAAAAUGUGCACAUAAUUUUCUAAAACACGAGAGACUGAAAGAAUGCAGGGCCUAUGGAUAGAAUCAUCAUGUUACUUGUACUUUUACCUCCAACGUCCGCUUCAAAUGAUGGAGUAGCUGGAAUAAUAGAUGGAAAAUGACUGUUGUUAAAACAACAACAACAACAACUGUGUUGUGUUUCAGGUCCAGGCCAUUCUCUGUGGUUGCUUUCAACUUACAUUCAGGGAGAAACACAAUUUCCUGGAUUUAGUUACACAACAACUUUGGAUGACAUAACAGUUGGAUACUAUAAGUCAGGGACGUAUUUUCCAAGAGGAAAUACAACGAAUGAGGAUGAUGUGGUUAAUUCAGAUUACAUUAAGGCUAUAAGUGACUACAUGUAUAAGUCCUUUUUGAGAAGAGCCGAACUGUUAAGUCAAGACAGCCAAAAUGACAGUCUUGAUGUUUAUCAGACACUGGUUGUGUGUGAGCUGCUGGACCCCAACAAAACUGGAAAGAUGCUCACAAAAGAUGCGGCCAGAGGCUCCACCACAGAUGAGAUCUGUUACUUUAACAACAAUUUUACUUACAAAGUGAUUUUAAAUAUUUCACAAGAUGUGCUCAAACCUCAUUUAGAAGAAUUCAAACUAAAAUAUAUAAAUUUCUUUCAGCCAGUUUGUAUAAGUACUCUCGAGAAUUACCUAAAAAAGAGACAAAAUGAAGUAAAUAGAAAGGCAGCACCGAUAAUCAGAUUUAUUAAGAAAGCAAACUCAGAUUCUGGAGGUUUUCGUGUGAGUUGUUUGGCGACAGGAUUUUACCCUCGUCACAUCAACCUGACCCUGUUCAGAGAUGGACAGCCUGUACCUGAUCAUGAGAUCACUGGAGGAGAUCUGCUGCCUAAUGGUGACGGGACGUACCAGACGAGGAAGAGUCUGGAGAUCAGUGCAGACAAACACAGAUACAGCUGCUCUGCCACACACCUCAGUCUGAACAACACACUGAUCAUUGAAUUAGAAAAUGAACCUUCCAGACUUCACAUAGGAGUUGUUGCUGCUGCUGCUGUCCUGAUGCUGGUGAUAUGUGUGAUUGUGGCAGCCAAGGAUUGUAAGGCCAAGAGGAACAUACAACAUCAAGACCUCACAAAGACUGAACUAGACACAGGCAAAAUAUACAUGCCAAACAAGCUAAACAAGAAAACAAGGAGGCGUGGUUAUUCAGAGACACCUGAGGAGACUAAUAGACUUUAAAAAGGAACUGCUAAACAUGGGACGAGACAGGGGAACACAGACUGGAAUCAUAAUUUUGAAGAUAUCCAUCCAUUUGAAUGAGGAGCAAACCAUCACAUCUUCUGUUUUAUAAAUUGGAGACCAUCACAAAUGGAGGAAUAAUAAUCUGAGAUUUCGUUACCAUCUGAGCCAAUGCAAUAUGUGCUUUUAAAGCUGUGAGAUUUACAAUUGAGAUUUAUAUUCAUAGAUGGGGAAUGACACUAAAUUAACAGCCGAUCGUUUCUCUGUAAUAUAUUUUUGUUUACAAAGAAUUUAUUUAUUUAUAGACAUCUCUGUUGUCAAGAAGGGCCUAUAGUUUCUAUAUCAAGUAUCUUUUUAUGGUGCUGUAACAUAUAGUGUGCUGAGCAAUUCAAAGGAUACAGGUUUGUUAAUGGAUUUAUAUUUUGCUAAACACAAAACCAAAACAGAAUGGCAUAGCCUCAUCCAUACCAAAAUAGAGGUUUCAAAGGAAUACACACACUGACCAACACUGUAGGCCUAUGUACAGUAGUUUAUUGUUACUGUUGCUGGGUGUAAUAUUGUUUUUGUGAAAUCAUUCUAGACUGUGCUUGUUGUUUUGCAUCGGAGUUUUCUUUUGAGACUCUGUCUGGAUAAACAGUUUAUGUGCCUGUUUCAUAUUUUUAUUGAUUGCUUUUAUGAGAACAAGGCCAUUGGAUGACGGGGGGUGCUGAGAGAUAAAUUAUACAUUAAAGGUUUUGGUAUUUGAUUUGCCCUA